AUGAUCCCGUGGCCUGUCCCUGCCACCAUUGCAUCGCCGCUCCGCACCACCGUCGCCACCUGUUUCUCCCCGUCGCCGCAGCCACCACCUGACCGCCAUGCACCCGCCCAGCCACCAUCGCACCACCGCGAAUCGUCCGUAUUUCUCACCGCUCCAUCGUCGCCGCCCGUUUGUCCCGUCGCUGCAGCCACCACCCGACCGCCAAGCACCCGCCCAGCCGCCACCGCACCACCGCUCCGCCCGCACGUUGCGAAUCGACUGUUUUUUCGGCGUACCACCACCGCCGCCCGGUUCGUCCUUGUCGCCGUUUCCGCUGUCGCCGCCGCUCAUUCGCCACCGCCCGCCUUCAUCGACCUCAGCAACAACGGCGACGGCGACAACUGUCUUUCAUGA